AUGGAACAUUCUACAUCUUCAUCAAUCAUUGACGUGCUAUCACCUUCUUCAUCGACUUCAUUAGACUGUUCAUCAUCUUCAUCUUCAUCAAAUCAAGCAAUAAAUACUGACAUUUAUCUAGUGUCCGAUAAUAUUGUAAAUUAUACUACCGAAACUGUUACACUUUGUCUUAAAUAUAAAAAACAACAAUAUAAAAUAACACUAAUAGCAAGGAAUUCACUUAUUUCUAUUAUUGAAAAAAAAUCAACUGCACCAUGCUGGUCUGUUUUUGGAUUGCCUGCUAAAAUAGUAGGCAAGAACAAAUACGAAAUAAUAAAAAAAUUUGCUUCUUGUAAAAGUUGCUAUCAAACCUAUUCUUAUUCAUCAUCAACAACAACGUUAUCAAAUCAUAAAUGUCCGAUGCUGCUGAAUAAAAAUCAAUCCACAUUAGAAACUUUACCGGUAUCAAGUUCAACAUCAUGCAUAUCUCCAUUUCUUUCAAAUAAAGUAGCUGCAGCUAAUGCAAAAGAUAAUAAAGCUUCUGAAAAACAAAAAAGUUUAUUUGUCACUUCACUAAGCGAUUGGGUAUGUUCAAGUAUGCGGCCAAUCAGUAUAGUUGAAGAUAGCGGCUUAAAAAAUAUAAUGGAUCAAUGUAUUCAAAUAGGUUAUACAUGUGGACCUAUUUCUGCUUCAUCUCUUUUACCUUGUCGUAAAACAUUAACAAAAGAAAUUAAAAAAAAUGCAAAUAUUGGUCGAAAUGAAAUAAAGACUGUUCUUAUAGCAGCAGCACAUCAACGACGUUUAUCUUUGUCGCCUGAUUUAUGGUCAGAUGGUUAUAAGAAGAUGUCCUAUUUAGGAUGUACAGCUCAAUGGGUCGAUGAAGACUGGAAUUUAUGUACGUUUGAAUUGUUUUGUUUACCAUAUAGAAAACCUAACAAAAACUCCGCAAAUAUAAUUCAGGUAAUUGAAGAAGGAUUAGCACUCUAUGAUUUACAACAUUUUAUGUACGAUGUUAUUUGGGUAUGUGACAGAGGAAGUAAUUUGAAGAAAGCAUUGGAGAAGUUCACUGUUGUGCAUUGCGUUGCACACCGGUUAAAUAACGUAUUGCAACAUACAUUUUAUCAAGCUGAAAUUAAUAAAGUAAAAAAAGAUGUAGCAUUUGGUGAUUAUUAUACUAAUUCAGUUGAAGAUGAAGAUGAUCAGAUUAGUGAAAGUGAAGAAAUUGAAGAAUCUUGCGACGAUGAACAAUUGAUUGAUAUACGAACCGAAGUUGUUAGUUAUGUAUCCAAAGCAUCUAGUCGAAAUAAUCCAAGUACUGUUCUUGCUCAACUAGCAGCUGAUGCAAAACGCGUUUUAGUAACUAUUAUCCAGUGUAAAGAACUUGUUAAAUAUAUUAAGAAGGUAAAUUCAAUAUUAAGACCAUUUUAUUAG